CCUUCUUAGACCCCGCCCAUUCCUCAAAUGCAAGCUGAAAAGCUUGUCAGUCACAAUAAGAUAGCCCGUCCUUCUCAACUGUUCCUUCAAAGAGAUCGCCCGUCACGGCGGGAAGCGCCUCCCUUCAUCCCGCUGUUGAUUGGCCAGUCAGCCUGGCAAUCAUCGUACUAGCACUUCCCGCCUCCGUGUGAGUGAGUUGUAGGUUUGACGGGCGGUGACGUCAGAGGCAGAUGGAAAAAGGGGAACCGACGGAAUGGCUGCCCAGUGCCGGAGCCCGCGGUGCACGGCGGAGAGGAAGGGAUUCCGGAGGGAGCUCGACUCUUGGCGGCACCGGCUCAUCCACUGUGUAGGGUUCGAGAGCAUUUUAGAAGGGCUGUAUGGACCAGGAUUACGUAGAGACCUCAGUUUGUUUGAUGACUGUGAACCAGAAGAACUGGUUGAUUGGUGUGCGGACGAUAGAUGUUCAUUAUGUAGCCUUCGAAAAGAUUCAGUUGUCGAUUGCACACAAUCAGUUGGGUCAGCACAGUCCACUCCAACAGAAGAACUGAUAUCUCAGGGCCAGUUCAGUGAAGAGAAAGUUGAAUGCCAAGCAGAGGAUUACUUAAAUGCACUCUUUCAAAAGAAAGAUCUUCCUCAGAACUGUGAUCCUAACAUUCCACUUGUAGCUCAGGAAUUAUUGAAAAAAAUGAUACGUCAGUUUGCAGUUGAAUAUAUUUCAAAAAGCAGCAAGGAGCAUCAUGUAAACUAUGAAACAGCUAUGGAACGAACUCCUGCUUACUUUGCCAGUCAGGAAGAGCAGGAGGGUCCCCUAGACCUCACUGUCACUCGCUUUCAAGGACAUAAUUUUCUAAAAGGAGAGGAAGUGUUGGAUCUCUCUAUAAAAAGGAACAACACACUGGAAGACCUAAAAAAAAGAAAUUCUAAGACUGGUGUCAUCAAUCUGCGUAAGCAACUAAAAUCUGGUAAAGCCACUAAGCCUCACAUUGGGGACACUGUAUUAUGUGACGUGUUAAACUCACUGUGCCUAUAUCACAAACAACAGUUGACAUUUCUACUGGGAUUCCUAAAGGAGGAACAAAAAAUAUGUUCAGAAGUUUGCUUCAGCAAAACAAAUGUAUAUUCUGGAUCAAAGAUGUCGAGCAGGAAAGAGAAUUCACCGGCCGUGUUUUAUAGCUUUGCAAAACAAAGAGUUACAAGACGUGGGCGGUUAAAAAGGCAAGAACCGUAUAGCCGUCUUCCCUAUUUAUCUGUUUGUCUAAAAGAUCUGCGUUUAACAUGUCCAGGUUUGGCCCUAGGAACAGUCAAACUGAAUUCCUUAAAAAACCAAAAUCUAAGGUUAGAUGAUAGAAAUGUAUGUCAAAAAGAACUGACCUCUAGACCUUCACAAUAUUUUGGUUGUUGCUCUUUUACCUGUGACAGAACAAUUUUUGAAACACACUCGCCUCAAUUUGAAGAUGAAACGCAAGUAGAGGACACACUUUCACAGCAUCACAACUGUGAGCAGCCACCAUCUCUAAUACAUAUGACCAGCAAAUACAGGAAAAGUAAACAAAAGAACAAAGUGGCACUGAAUAACCAAACCAAACCUGCUUCUGUUUUACAAAACGUAAUGGAUCAAUUUAAUGAGGAAACCAGAAUUUGCCCAAAAACUACAAAUUCCCGAGAACUUUACCACAUUGAAAGAAAAAGGAUAAAUGGAGUAAAAUUCGAAAAUCUGAUCAAACAUUUUAUCAACAAUGUUAAAUUAAAUGACAACAGUUUUGUGGAAUUCUUCAACCAACAUAAAAAAAGCAUGCAGGCUAAAAUAAUGCAAACUAGGCUCCGGAAACGUCAGAAAACCUUGUUGUUUGCCCUAAAAUCCUCUGGCUUUGCUUUAUCUAGACACCGGUCUUUAGAAAUCAAAAGAGAGCUCAAGAGUCUAAUAGAAAUUUUUAGAAAGAAAAUGACAUCUCGUGAAAAGAAUCUGAAGAAACCAGCAAGACAUACAGAUGAAAUCAAAAACUAUGUUUCAGAAUCUGAUAACUCUAUAAACACUCAGGCUGUGACUACAAUCCGGGAACAUGUAACGCAUCUACCUCAUACUAAUCGUAGAACUGUUUUAAAGAAUGACAAAACUGCAAACAGUUGUCCUAAUGUACCUGACCACUUGCCAUCGUCUGCACCACAAAAACUUGCAGAUAAGCCUAAAGACUAUGAAAGCCGUAUUGCCUUAGAAACAGAAAAACACGCAUUGAAGGCUUGUUGCACAACUGCCACUGAAAAAUCUGAAACAAGAAAUGCUGCAGCUGACUUUUAUACUCUGCAAAAUAGCGGUAAUUUAUUUUGUAAAUGCACCUUAAACCAGAUCUCAGGUAUGUUAACAAAUAGCCAUUCUGACUAUAUUCGCAAUGAAACUGCCAGUUUACCAAAUAAAUCACAUUUGCUUGUUGUAGUUGAACGUUUGAAAGAUUCUGACCAAUUAGAUACGACACUGUCAAGAAAACAUAAUUCCCCCCAGUGCCAAACAAGAUCAAGUACAUCUAAUUCUAAUGUACAACAUGGAUGUGGAUUGUUGUGUGACAAACCAGACAUACUUGCUUUACAGAAAGGUUUAUCACUAAUGCCACAAAUAAGACUGAGAAGAAGCAAUUUCACAACUAUAACAUCUGUUAAAAAUAUGGAUAAUUCAGACUUAUCUUCAAAUUUAGCCCAAAAUAAACAAGGUACAAAUGCAGCAAGUACAAUACAUAAAUUAAAUCCUUUGGGUAGAUUUCCCAGUCCCAUUAAAGUUAUGUUUGUUUCAAAGGUUGAUAGAGAUGAUGGAAUACACUAUACAUUAAGCCCUGAAUACAAUCCAUCUAAUAGAAAUGUUUUGAAAAGCCCUGUGUGUUCCAAAGAAGAUGGAAAAAGAAAGAAAAAUUCUUCUGCCAGUAACUUUUGCCAGUCCCAAUACAAUAAUAAAACAAGAUUGAGAAACAGACAUGUGCAACACAGAACUUCAGAAAAAAUACAUUCUAAAGAGGAGUGGUUUGUUAAGAUAAACCCAGGAAGGCUUAAUGAAAUUGGUUCUCCUUCUUUAAAGUUGGUCAGAAGAACCUCAGAAAGGCCAACAAAUGUUAUCAGUUUAUCCAAGCACUUUGGUAAACUGAGUGAAUACAAAAAUGGCAAUAGACUGCUUGGGUUUAACACACAGAAAUCAAGAAUUGCAAGGCGUAGCAUUAGGAUUGCACAAAGAAUUCUUCUUAAGGCCCAUAAAGUCUCAGCACCCCAUAGAGGUGAGCCCGACAAGCCUCUCUCAGAUGGCUGCAUUAAAAUUCCAGAAUCCAAACAAAAUUGCAGACGUCAAUCUAAAGUAAAAACUGCAGAACAAACUUGUAAUGAUCCAUCUGGGCUAAAAAAAGGACAUAAAUCAGUGUCACCAUUUGGUCAUAAGUUAAUCAUUGCAAAGAAAGACAAGAAGUGGCAAUGCAGACAAUCUAGCCAAAAACCACCUGAGCCAAAAAAGAAAAGAAAUUUAAGAUCAUCUCUGUUUAGAACAUACCAGCUGUGCCAGCAACAUGCAAAACGGAAAGGGCCCACGCUGCACUCACUUGCUUCUUUGACUGCAUUUUCAUUUAGAAGUGCCCUAUAUCAUCAGCCAAAAAGGAUAUCCUCUAGCAGAACCCAAGUUCACAGAAGAAAGUUAAAAAACAAAUCUUACAAUUUACAGUAUAACUCAGGCGCUGUAAACCGAAAACAUUUACAUAGUGAAAGUACUGCAGACAACUCUGCUGGGUUCAUUUCAGAAGGUUCUCCAGAUAUUCAGUCAUACAGUGUCCCUAAUUGGUGGUCUGCAUCUGUUUCCGAUGAGCCCUUAGUAAAUGAAUUAGAUAAUAGGUAUGAAAAAAUGGCCAUCACUUGGGUACGUGAGAACACAAAAGAAAGGAGAAAAGAAAGCUCAGGUUUAACAGGAGGCACAUUUCUGAAACCCUCUCCUGUUCAGAUGCUGUUCCAGAAAAAGCCAGACUUUAAGCACUUAUCAGCCUGGUUUAUGCAAACAACAGAAACACAGUCCCUUUCAAUAACAAAAAAAGCAAUUGCUUGCAGUCCUCCAAAGAAAAAACGAAAGGGCACAAAAUUGUCGAAAGUUUGUCAAAACAAGAAAACCAGGAAGGGUGCACACCCGGCAGCUUUAGAUACCAGUAAGGCAAGGCAAAGAUUUGCCAACUUAUCUCAAAUCGAACAUUUAUGCACAAGAAAUGCAACAUAUGUGAAAACUGGGGUGUUAAAACAAAAAGACUCCAGUCAAGGAAUAAAGAAAUUACGUGGGGCCAACAAAUGUCUUGAUAUACGUGUAGCCAAACAUGAUGCUUCAUCAGGGAAAGUAAACGUUAUGGAUCCUGUGCAUCAUGGUAAUGUGUCUCUGUCAAAGACCUUGGUGGAUGCCAAUUCAAAAGAAAAAAAACUUGAUAACUUAUCGAAAAACAAGCAAAUGAAAACUCGCCCAAUCACAAAUAAGAAAAUAAAGGACAUCAGAAUCUAUCUGAAAAGACUUAAUGGUAUUUCAAGUGAAGUAACACACAAACAGGUUCAAUUCACUAACGCCAAUGAAGCGAACAAACGACCAUUAAGGUCAAAUUUCUGUCUAAAGUCAAAAACCCAAAGCUUUGAUAUGAAUUAUAUUCAAGCAAAACCCUUAAAUGCAAGACACAAAGCAAAACAAUUUGCUGAAAAACAAGUGUGCAAUAGUAUGUGCUUGGGCAAUUCAAGGACAGAAGAACCUCAGUCUGGUCAUGGCUUUGCUCGACUGUCGAAACGAAAGAGAUCCGAUCAAGCCUCUGUGUAUACUGAAACUGGCAGCAAGAAGUGUAGAAAACAAAAUUUUGUUUAUGAGCAAAACUAUUAUUCAAAAAUCCAUUUAGUGCCCCUUAAACCAGUUGGAUUAAAGUCAUUUCGAGGCCUGUCAAGUAAAGAUGGCUCCUUCUCGCUCACCCCAAUUCGAAUCCCAUUUCAAGGAAGUAAAAAGUGAUGCAACAUUGUGUUGUGAGCCAAUCAGAGUGGACACCGGCAGUGCCUUUACUCCGCACAUGGAGCAACCAUUCUAUUUACACAUAGGAAAGAGCCACAAUAUCAACAUUGCACUAUUUUUACAUUUUAUAUUUCUGGGGUUUUUUUUGGUCUUUUCUUUCCUAGGGUCCUAGAUGAGAGGAUAUAUACUUUCCCCAAAAGCAAUCUUCUCCAUAGGCGCGCUUCUGUUCCGUAAUACUGGCGCUCCUUAAGUCCUCUCUCACACUAAACCCACACUCUCUACGUUCCCUGAUAAUAUGCAGAAAUGCUCAUUUUAUUGAGCCACAAUAAUCACUGAGAGAUGUGAAAUUCAUUUAUUGCCCUUACUAUUUGGCUUAAUGUGUUCAGCGAGGAACAGCGCAAGUGUUUCUAUUCCAACCCAGCCAAGGGACCCUCAUCCAUAGAAAUGCUGAUGCCACUCCCACUUUAUACACAGGGCGUGACCAUUUCCAUCCAUGGGAGGGAUCUACCUCCGCAAUCAACUCAUUGGCAGGGAAGGAUGUGAAACAAAUGAUUUUGAUGUUGUUCUGUGUAUAGAAUAUGUUCUAUCCAUGGGCAUCUCCGCAUUAGGUUUCCUGCCCAGCCAACGCCCAAUGCAGAACGGGCACGUGACCUUCUCAGCUUGAAACCAAAACCUGAAUUUUUGUUUUGUGUCAUCUCUGGGGAAAACGGAAAAAUAAAGCUUGUCUUUUCUUUCACUGUG